GCAAACUAUUUGGAAACUGACAGAGAUUUCCAGCUAGAGAUGGUGGUGAUGAAUAGCUUGAGGGUCAUUCUUCAAGCUUCUCCAUGCAAAUCACCAUGGAGAAGUUUCCAGGUUCUGCGGUCCACGCCAGUGAGGCCCUGCAGUCUCUACACCUGCACUUAUAAAAGCCGGAACCGAGCCUUGCAUCCACUCUGGGAGAGUGUGGACCUGCUUCCUGGGGGUGAUCGUCAGUCACCCAUCAAUAUCCGGUGGAAGGACAGUGUUUAUGAUCCUGGCUUAAAACCUCUCACCAUCUCUUAUGACCCGGCUACCUGCCUCCACAUCUGGAAUAAUGGGUACUCUUUCCUUGUAGAAUUUGAAGAUUCUACAGACAAAUCAGUGAUUGAAGGAGGACCCCUAGAACACAUCUACAGACUGAAGCAGUUCCAUUUUCACUGGGGGGCAAUUGAUGCCUGGGGCUCUGAGCACACGGUAGACAGCAAAUGCUACCCAGCAGAGCUGCACUUGGUACAUUGGAAUGCAGUCAAGUUUGAAACCUUCGAGGAUGCUGCGCUGGAAGAAAAUGGUUUGGCUGUGAUAGGAGUAUUUUUAAAGCUAGGCAAACAUCAUAAAGAGCUACAGAAGUUGGUGGAUACUUUGCCAUCAAUUAAGCAUAAGGACACCCUUGUGGAAUUUGGGUCAUUUGACCCUUCCUGCAUGAUGCCUGUCUGCCCAGAUUACUGGACAUACUCCGGGUCUCUGACUACCCCGCCCCUCUCUGAGUCUGUCACCUGGAUCAUUAAGAAGCAGCCAGUAGAGGUUGAUCAUGAUCAGCUUGAGCAAUUUCGGACCUUGCUUUUCACUUCUGAGGGAGAGAAAGAGAAAAGAAUGGUGGACAACUUUCGCCCCCUUCAGCCCUUGAUGAAUCGUACUGUCCGAUCAUCCUUCCGCCAUGAUUACGUGCUGAAUAUACAAAAGAACCCCAAGACAAUUGCCAGCCAAAUGACUCCCUAAGAUGUUCAUAUCUAGGCAAUAUUUUGCUUUAAUACAUAUUAGCUUUAGAAAAUUGUUAACUAGACUAUUUUAAGUACCUUCAUUUAAUAAUAUCUUUAAAUAUAUAUUUCUUUCUUUUUUUAGCAUUUCAAAGUCACUAUCCUAGCAAGGCAGGGACAGGGAAACAGAACAAUAGAAAAACAACUGAUUAGUUAAUACGGGGUGACUUUAAGUUACAAUUUUUUGUGUGAAAGAAUUAAGGCAGAAUUACUGCCUGAACAAUGCCAUGGUUUUAGGUCUACUUUAUUUUAAAAUGAAAAUAUUCUUUCAUUAUGGUUUCUCAGUGAGUGUGUUUGCCUUUAUUUUUAUUUGUUAUUAGUAGUAAAUGAUGUACUUACUUAUUAUCAUUGUAUUAAACAAUAUCUAGAAUCCUUUACAUUUCUGAAGACUAGAUGUUUUACUUAAUUGUUUGAUCUCAUAGAAAGCACUGCAGAACAUUGUAAAGAAAAAUGCUUAAAGUGCAUAUAACUUAGAAUUCUUUCAUGGAACACUUACAGAAAUAAUCUUCAAAUGCAAAUAGUAUUAUUUUGCAAUAUUUAUACACCAUUACAUAGAUUAUGAUAUUUUCCCAAUGAUAGAGCUAUCUUCUUUUAAAGCUUCCCUUAAAAGUAUUCAAACUUAGGGUUGGCAAUAUAGCUCAGUUAGUAGAGUACUUGCCUUGCAUGCAUAAGGCCCUGGGUUCAAUCCCCACCACUGUAAAAAAAAGUAUCUGAACUUAGUCUAGUGAUAUAGCUCAGCAGUGGAGUGCCUACCUUGCAUUUGUGAGUCCCUUAUACAUUAGCAUUACAAAAAUCAAAUAAAAAACUUUAUGAACUUUAUUUACUUAUUAGUUAAGGUUUUUUGCAAGACAUGUGAUCAACUUAAAUGUCCCAAUUUAUACAGUUGUUUGGAAGACUUUUGGAAGAGGGCUAAAAUAUAAAAUCUGGAUAAUUCUCCAUAGUCUGAAGAAUCCAUGCCACUGUUGCUCUUGCUUAUAAAUAUCUUAGAAUGUUUCCAGUUGCCACUAAGGUUGUUUUCAGAUGCAACGCUGUAUCAAAAACUAGAAGUGUUUCAUUAGUAUGCUCGUCAUCUAGUUUGUAAGACAAGGUUGGAUGAAUAUACACUACCAUUAUUCAACUGUACACUUAAAGAUGGUUAAGAUGGAACUGGGAUUAUACCAAAAUUAAAAAUGUCUGCUUGUCAAAGAAAGCAUUCAACAAUGUGAAAAGGUAACCGAUGGAAUUACCAUGAGAUCCAGCAACCCCACCCCUACGUAUAUAUAUCCCAAAGAAUUCAAACCAGGAUCCCAGAGAAAAAACUGCACUCCCAUAUUCACAGCAGCAUUAUUCACAAUAACCAAGAGGUGGAAGCAACCUAAAUGUCCAUCAACAAAUGAAUCAAUAAAGAAAAUGAGGUAAAUACAUAAAAUGGGAUAUUACCUUUAAAAGAAAAAAAUCUUGUCACAUAUGUAAUGUGGCUGAACCCUGAAGACAUUAUGCCAAGUGAAAUAAGCUAGUCACAGAAAGAUACUGCAUGAUUCCACUCAUAUGAAGUAUCUAAACUCAUCAAAAUCAUAGAAACAGAAAGUAAAAAAGGUGGUUGCCAAGAGCUAUGGCGGGUGGCUGGGGUUGUGGCUCGGUGGUAGAGUGCUCACCUAGCAUGUGUGAGGCACUGGGUUCAAUCCUCAGCACCACAUAAAAAUAAAUAAAUAAAGAUAUUGUGUUCAUCUACAACUAAAAAAGUAUUUUUAAAAAAGAGCUAUGGGGAGAGAGGUUAGGAAUUUAUGCAUAGUGGAUAUAGAGUUUCAGUGAUACAAGAUAAAAGAGUUUUUAGAGAUAUGUUGAAUGUGAAUAUAAGUAAUACUACUGUACUGGACACUUAAAAAUGCUCAAGAUGAUAAAUUUUUAAAAUGCUUAAGAUGGUAAAUUUUAUAUGUAUUUAACCAGUUAGAAGUAAAAAAAUAAAUUCAGUAGGAAAAAAUGGAUAGAAUUGGAAUUAUAUAUUCAAGUUGGAAGGGUAUCUCUUCUCUAAGCAAAGAGGGGUGGUGAAGGCUUUUGCAUGUUGUCUUAGAAAAAUGCAUAAAAUUCUUAAAAAGAUAAACAUGGAAGGUUGAGGAUGUGUCUCAGUGAUAGAAUGCUUGCCUGGCACAUGCCCUGGGUUCAAUCCCCAGCACGGCAAGAAGAAGAAAAAUAAAGAUGAACGUGGUAUAAAAAAAAAGUUAGCUUUAUGUAGUUCAUCUAUUUCAAACUAUAGUAGUUACCUUUUGUUAUGGUUUGGAUCUGAAAUCCCCCCCCCCAUGUUGAAGGCUUGGUCCCUAAUUCAGCAGUGUUCAGAGGUGGGGCCUUUGAGAGGUGAAGGCUGUGACCUCAUCAAUGGAUGGAUGGAAAGCUUCAUGAGCUUGAGGGGAGGAGCUUUGUUAUAAGUGAGCUCUCUCUCUGCUCUCUGGCUGCCAUGAAGCGAGCAGCUUUGCUCUCCUAUGUGUUCCCUGCCAUCAUGGUCUGCCAGGCCACAGGCCUAAACUCCAUGGACCCAGUUGGCCAUGGACUAAAACUUCUGAAAUUGGGAGCCAGAGUCUAUCUUUUCUCCUUGAAGUUGAUUUUUUUUUUCAGGUAUUUUGUCAGAGUGAAGGAAAACUGCCUUAGACACCUUUCAAAAGGUAAACAUAAGCUAUGCAUCUUCCAGGGUACACAGACUUUCCUCCUAACCUCUUACAAACACUUAGUGCAAAACUCUAUUGUGUUAAAUCUGCCAUUUUGGAGCAGGAAUCAAGGUACAGAAUGACUGUCUUGCCCUUAUGUCUCACAGGUAAAAAGGAUUCAUUUAUAAGAUGACUGUGUAUUCUGGUUUCCAACUCCUGAUUUUCUUAUACCUGGUGUUCUGGUGUAAUUAUAAUGGCACCCCCUUUCCCUCUCAACCAUACUCUGGUUUACAUGAUAAAUUCUCAGUCACCUUCUGUACAGAAGUUAUGGAAAUUGCUUUGAGAUUAUGGUCUCUUCCAUCUUAUCUUUGUCAUAUGAUUCUCUAAGGGCCAUUACAGAUCCCCUGGCAAGAAACUAUGUCUUUUAUGACUUCAAAAGUGAUACCUUCCUAAAUAUAAAGAUGGGAAGUGGGCCUAAGAUCUGUCAAAGGUCUUGAGAAAGAGUUUUGUAUUAAAAUUGCUCCUCAUCUUCAUUAAAUAAUCUUUUUACAACAUUAA